UUGCCUAUUCACAGUUCAUUACAACCACAUCUACAAACUCAUAUUUUUCUUUGGCUCUCUUUUCUGUACGAACAGUUACUUGAUUCUCUGAUUAUGGCUGAAGCACUUGUUUCCGGUGUUUUAGAGCAGUUGACUGCAGUUGCUGGUGAAGGCAUACAACAGAAGGUGAGGCUAGUUGUUGGUGUUGACGAAGAAGUUAAAAAGCUGAGUAGCAAUCUUGAAGCUAUUCAAGCUGUGCUUGUUGAUGCAGAGGCAAGGCAAGUGACAGAGACAGCUGUAAGACGUUGGUUAGAUCAGCUCAAACAGGCUUCCUACGACAUUGAAGAUGUGUUGGAUGAGUGGAACUACGCCAUUCUAAAACAAAAACUAGAGGGGGUUGAAGAUGCUACCGGUCCUAAGAAGAAGGUGUGUUUCUUCUUUCCCUCAUAUUGCUUUUCAUUCAAACAAGUUAGUUUACGUAAUGACAUUGCAAUAAAGAUAAAAGAAGUUAAUGAAAAUCUAGAUGUCAUUACGAAACAAAAAGAGAGGUAUAGUUUUAAUACUAUGACAAGGGUUGAAAGGCCAGAACAUAUACAAACUACUUCAUUUAUUGAUGUGUCUGAGGAGAUGUGCGGUCAAGAUGCCUAUAAAAGCAUUUUAAUAGAUAAAUUAUGUGUGAGCACUGAACAACGCCUCCCUAUCAUCUCUCUGAUAGGAAUGGGAGGUAUCGGAAAAACCACUUUUGCUCAAUUUGCUUAUAAUCAUGAUAAGGUAAUCAAUAGUUUUCACGAAAGAAUAUGGGUAUGUGUAUCAGAACCUUUUGAUGAGCAUAGAAUUGCUAAAGCAAUUAUUGAGUCUUUAGGAAAUUCAACUAAGGAUUUAAGUGAAUUGCAAUCUCUUCAUCAACGUAUUGGUACAUUAAUCCAGAGUAAGAAAUGUUUUUUGGUGUUAGAUGAUGUGUGGAGUGAGGAUUUCAAAAAAUGGGAACGAUUGUAUCGUUGUUUGAAGAAUAGUGCCCAUAGAAGUAAAAUUUUGAUUACAACACGCAAGAAGUCAGUUGUAGAAAUGAUGGGUUCAAUUGAUAUUAUCGAUGUUCAAGGGUUGAGUGAUGAUGAAUGUUGGUUGUUAUUUAAGCAAUUAGCAUUUUUUGGUAGACCUACCGAGGAAUGUGAAAAAUUAGAAGAGAUUGGCAAAAAGAUUUCAAGUAAGUGUAAAGGUUUGCCUCUUGCUGUAAAGACAUUAGGAAGUCUCUUGCGCUUUAAAAAGCGUUGGGAAGAGUGGAAACAUGUUUUAGAUAGUGAAUUAUGGAAACUUGAAAAAAUUGAAGAAGAUGUUUUUGUGCCAUUAUUAUUGAGUUAUAAUGAAUUGCCUUGUAUGAUGAAAAGAUGUUUUGUAUAUUGUGCUAUCUUUCCCAAGGAUUACAGAUUAAAAAAAGAUGAAUUGAUUAAACUAUGGAUGGCUCAAGGAUAUGUUAAAGAAGAAGAAAAUAAGGCAAUGGAGAUAGUUGGUGAAGAGUAUUUUGACUAUUUAGCUUCACGAUCAUUAUUCCAAGAGUUUGAAAAAGAUGAUGAAAAUAAUGUAAUUGCAUGUAAGAUGCAUGAUUUAGUGCAUGACUUUGCUCAGUUCUUAAGCAAGAAUGAAUGUGCCCACAUAGAAGUUGAUGGUUCUAAAGAGCCACUCAUAAGCUCUUCUAAUCAUGAGAAAGUUUGUCACAUAAUGGUUACAAUGUAUGGUGAGGAUUUAUUUCUUGAUUCAAUAUUUAGAUUAAGAAUGAUGCGUAGUUUCUUAAAUGAUACAGAAAAUUUCAUGGCUACAUUACCUCGCGAUACCAUGCCUAAAUUAUUUGGUGAAUUGACAUGUUUAAGGGCAUUAAAUAUAGCUAAAAGGUCGCAUCGAAACAGUUUGAUUGAAGAGAUUCCUAAAGAGGUUGGCAAAUUAAUACAUUUGAGAUAUCUUAAUUUGAGUCACUUAAGAAUCAAAAAACUUCCUGAAGCAUUAUGUGAAUUAUAUAAUUUGCAAACUUUAGACAUUAGUAACUGCUUUCUAUUAGAAGAAUUACCUCAAGGGGUGGAAAAAUUAAUAAACCUAAGGCAUCUAAAAAAUGAUGAGACUAGGUCAUUAAAAUACAUCCCAAAAGGAAUUCGAAGAUUGAGUAAUCUCCGAACCUUAAGGUAUUUCGUGAUAAGUGGUAGUAAUGAUGAGAAAGCAUGUAGUCUUGAAGGUUUAAAAUACCUUAAUCUCUUUGGAGAGUUGAGAAUAAAAAUGUUGGGAAAUGUACCAGAUGUAAAGGAGGUUAAAACAUCACCACUUAAGAAUCAUGAAAACCUCGUUGGUUUGGGGCUAGAUUUCAAUAAAGUUAUUGAUGGAAGAGAGAGGAGAAAUGAGGAGGAUGAAGCACUUCUUGAAAUCCUACAACCAUCUUCAAAUUUGGAGAAAUUAAACAUACGGAGGUACAGAGGCAACACUAUUUUGCCCAACUGGAUGAUGUCCUUAACCAAGCUCAGAGAGUUAGCACUUUAUAAUUGUGAUAACUGUAAGCAUUUGCCUCCCUUGGGAGAAUUGCCAUCCCUUGAAUAUUUAGAUAUCAGAUUUAUGAACAGUUUGAAAAGUGUGAGUAAUGAGCUUUUGAGAAAAGAAAAUGACGACACAUCUUCAUCAUCUGUUUUCUUUCCUAAAUUGAAAAGAAUUAAAUUUUUGUGGCUGCGCGAGUGGGAAGAGUGGGAUCACGAGAUUACUAGAAUUGGAGACGAAGAAGAAGUUAUUACAAUCAUGCCAUCUCUGGUUUCCUUGGAAAUUUACGACUGCCCCAAAUUGAAGUCCCUACCAAAACACCUUGUUCAGAAUACAAGAUUGAAAAAAGAAAUUUCUCAUUGUCCUCUACUAGGCUACCGUGGAUGGAGUCAAUAAGAGGGACAGGGUUUCAGAUUAUGGAAGAGAGAAGGAAUAAAUGAGGAGAUUAACCACUCAAAUGGUUGGUGAGAAGAGAAGACGAUUGUGGUGUCAUUACUGUAGAUGAAGACAUCUGAAGAUUAAGUAGCGUUCAGCAAAUGGUUUCAACAACUUGAUUUGUGGGCUAUUGAGAAGAUUGUUAAAACUUGAAACAGAGCAUUUACCCAAACUAAACUUGGGAACUGCAAUGGGAGAACCAAAUUUAUCCUUGAGAUCUACUGAUAACUCAUUGAGUGCAGCAUUUUGCGUUGUGAAAGAGAGGGAGAAUGGCGUUAGGAGAGUAGUUGAAAGAACUCAGUUAAUGAACUGAUUUACUAUUCAGGCUCCCUGUGCUGAUCAUUUAUAAUUUCGGUCACAAAUAGCAAAUUUUUCUGAUGAAACGAGUGCUGAAUGUUUUGGUUUUCACAUUUUCUUGUACUUUUCAAUCAAAAGAUCAUGAAAUCAACCAAGACGAUGGAUUCAAUCAUAAUGCAACAAGAUUGCUAGAUGGAGGAGUGAUGAUUUCUAUAUGUGUUUUUGAAUUUCAUCAAAUAUUUGUUGUCUCAGUCCAGCAUUUCGCUUUAUGGAAGAGAGGAGGAAGAGUGUUAAGUUAGAACAGCAUUUCUGUACUUAAUGAAGCUUCUUGAAUUACAGUUGACCCUUCAUAGUAUUCCUUUGAUGACUUGUGGCGCUCCUUUGUCAGGAAGCUCCUCAAGUGACUGAGGAUUCGCUCUCUGAAAGUGUUUGAAGAUUCGUUGAGAUGGGUUUCCUUUAUUGGUUAUCACUCUACUUAGUAGGAAAUAGAAAAAUCAUGUUCUAUCUAAUAGAACUUGAUUCCGGUAUGUUAAUUUUGAUGCAGUGAGUCAAGUUAAUUUUGAAGCUCUUUUUUAUUUUUCACUUAGGCAUGCAAUUUUCUAUUUUUAGUUUCAAAUUUGAUCAAAUGUAUAUUUUUCUCGGUGCAGCAUUUUCACAUUAUGCAAAACAGGAAGAAUAGUGAUUUGUGGUUCAUUUCUUCAUUUCACAGUAUUAUGUUAUUUCUUUGUUGUCUGUAAAGAAGUAGUUACUAUUGAUGGUGUGAAUGAUUUUCAUUGCUAUUGAGAAGAUGUUAAAACUUGAAACAGAGCAUUUACCUAAACUAACUCGGUAAAAUUUGGAAUUUGUGAGUGUUUGUUCUAACUUGUCUAAAGGAAAUAAGAAAAUUACCUUUCUAAUUGUUUGACCUUUUUUUUUUAAAAAACAGAACAUUGUUUUUUAAAGCAUAAAUGCUUUAGCUUUAUCUUACCACUGAAUUCAUCUAUUAUCAGGUAACUGCAAUGGGAGAACCGUAUUUAUCCUUGAGAUCUAUUGAUAGCUCAUUGAGAAGAAAUACUCAAUCUAAGUUAUAGCAAUGAAGCACCAAAAUGUAUCAGUUAAUGUGAGGCAGCUGGAGAUUUCAGCAAGAAACUUGUGAUAAAGGACCAACAUAUUCCUUUUAUUAUUUUCAAGAGUUUUAAGACACUUGUUGUCUUUGGUCAUGUUGAAACCAGAUAUCAAAUUAUCUCAUCAGAUCUUCAUGUUGGAGAUAGUUGACAGACCUGGAUAUAACCUAUGCCUGUACUCCUGGAAGGUCAUAAUUCAUACUAAGGCAUGUAAUUUUCCAUUUGCAGUUUCAUAUUUCAUCAAAAAAUCAUUGUCUCAGUGCAGCAUUUCACUUUGUGAAAGAGAGGCAGAAUGGCAUUAGGAGAGUUGUUGAAAGAACUCAGUUAACGGCUGGUUAUGUGUUGUCACUAAUCUCUUUCUGUCUUAAUUUUUUGAUGUUUAAACAGAAAGCACAUAGCAGCACUGUGUUUCUGAUUCUGUUAUUUACUUCAUAUAAUAACCAGAACUGAUUUACUAUUCAGGCUCCCUGUGCUGAUAAUUUAUAAUUUCAGUCGCUGAUUAGCUGAAGAAAAUGCUUAAGGGGUAAAGCAAUGGUGGAAACUUCAUUGAAGCAAUCGUAAAACAAAACAACAAAUUUGCAUGAUGAAACAAGAGCUGAAUCUUUUGGUUUUCACAUUUUCUUGUUCUACCUUGCAAAACAUGCGGAAGAGAGGAGGGAUAAAUGUAGGGGAUUGUUUAGUCGAAUGAAUUGAUGACUCAUUUAGAUGGGGGAGGAAAUAUCUCGUAAUGAAUCUGUACUUUUGGAAGUCCAGCAUUUCGCAUUAUGGAAGAGAGGAGGAAGGGUGUUAAGUUGGAACAGCAUUUCUGUACUUAAUGACGGAAGUUUGAGACACUAGUUUAGGCAUACUGAAACCAGACAUCAAAUUAUCUCACAGAACUUCAUGCUGGAAGUAGUUGACAGACUUGGAUAUAACCUAUUCCUGUACUCCUGGAAGCACUUCGUGUUGUGAAAGAGAGGAAAAAUGGCGUUAGGGGAGUAGUUGAAGGAACUCAGUUAAUGCUGAAGAAAAUACUCAAGGGGUAAAGCAAUGGUGGAAAACUUUAUUGAAGCACUUGUAAAACAAACAGCAAAUUUACCUGAUGAAACAAGAGCUGAAUGUUUUGGUUUUCACAUUUUCUUGUGCUUUUCAAUCAAAAGAUCAUGAAAUCAUGAUCAACUGAGACGAUUAAUUCAAUCAUAAUGCAACAAGAGCGCUAGACAGAGAAAUCUAAUCAAUGAGAGUGAUGACUUUUUACCUUACAACAGAUGUGGAAGAGAGGAGGGAUAAGUGUAGGGGACUGUAAAGUCAAAUGGAUUUCCGUCAUGGAAGUGAGAAAGAAUGGAAUUCAGAGAGUAGUCUAAAGAAACUCAACUGAUAUCGAGUUAAUGAACUGAUUUACCAAUCAGUCUACCUAUGCUAGGAAUUGAUAAUUCGUGACACUGAUCAGCUGAGGAGCUACUCCAAAGGGCGUAACAAUGGCAGAAACAUCCUCAAGGCACUUGAAACAAAAAGAAAGAUGAAACAAGUGCUAAAUCUUUUGGUUCCAUCACAUCAGCUUGGUUUUGAGAACUUUUGAGAUAAAAUUUUCAUCCAGUAUUUUUUUUUUCUGUUAAUUUAUAUUUGGUUUUGCCGUUUUUAUUUUGUUGCUAGACCGUGUCAUCUAAGUUCUCGUGAGGCCAGUGAUUGUAAAAUGUGAUAUGUAGCGAAGUUUUGCAUCACUUUACCGAUAAAUUUAUGCAGGAAAAAUGUCAUAAUUUAAACAUAAAAUAAUGUUGAUAUGAUAUAAAAAGUUUAUAGUGUUUUAUAUCA